AUGCCACGUCCGUCGCGUGAGUCUUAUGGCGAUCAAAAGCCUCCAUAUUCGUAUAUAUCAUUGACGGCAAUGGCGAUAUGGAGUUCACCAGAAAAGAUGUUGCCAUUAAGUGAUAUCUACAGGUUUAUAACUGAUCGUUUUCCAUACUAUAGGCGCAAUACUCAGCGGUGGCAAAAUUCUCUACGGCAUAAUUUAUCGUUUAAUGACUGCUUUAUAAAGGUUCCACGAAGACCCGACAGGCCUGGGAAGGGUGCAUACUGGGCUCUACAUCCGCAAGCUUUUGAUAUGUUUGAGAAUGGAAGCUUGUUGCGACCGAAACGAUUCAAAUUAUUGAAAAAUGAUAAAGAUCUACUAAACGAUGAGCUAGCGGCGUUGGCCAAUAUCAACAGGUUAUUUUUCGCCCCGAACGAUGCAGCCCCAUCUGUGGACACCACAGCACCACUAGUGCACCACAGUCUGCCUCGCUUGAUGCCAUCGCCACCACCUGCAGGUGUACUGACCUAG